AUGAUUGAACGUUUAUUAGCAUCAACUCCUCCAACACAAAUAACAGAACUUAUUACUGAACCACAAGAGUUAACUUCAACAUCAUUAGUUGAUUAUGAUAUUGUUGGAAAUAAUACAUUAAUAUUAGGUGAAAAAAAUUGUGUAUCAUGUAGUUUAAUAAUAAAAGAUGAAAGUUAUUUACGUGUACAUAAACAUGGAAUAUUUCAUGAAAAUUGUUUAACAUGUUAUAUAUGUCAUCGACCAUUGAUUACAAUUGGUGGAGGUUAUUUUAUACGAAAUGGUUAUGAUCAACAAUCACAUUUUAUUUGUCGACAUGAUUAUCAAAUUGCUAAUAACAAUAAGUCUUAUCAAAAUUCAUCUUGUUCAAUGUAUCUUCCACAAUGUUCAAAAUGUCAAACAAUAAUUUCAGCAAAUGAAUUAGUUAUGCGUACAGAUGAUAAAUAUAUUUAUCAUAUUGAUUGUUUUACAUGUUGUUUAUGUAAUGUUGUUUUAAAACCAGGCGAUGAUUAUGGUUUACAUGGUUCAUUAUUAUUUUGUCGUUUACAUUUAGAACAAACAACUAAUACAACAUUUUCAUUAUGUUCACCAAUUAAAAAUUUAUCAACAACAAAUAUAAAUAUUAAAAAAUCUCGACAAAAUAGUACAACAACACAACGUAAACAACGAACAAAAUUAAAUAAUCUUGAAAAUAAUACAAAUAAUUUAGAAAUAACAGCUUUUUUAAAUGGAAAUGAUCUUUCUAAUUCUGAUGGAAAUUUUUCAUCAACAAUAUUUAAUAAUCAAACAGUAACAAAUCCACAACAACGUACAAAACGUAAUCGAACAUCAUUUAAACAUCAUCAAUUACGUAUUAUGAAAACAUUUUUUGCUCAAAAUCAUAAUCCAGAUUCAAAAGGUUUAAAAAUUUUAUCACAAAAAACUCAAUUAAGUAAACGUGUACUUCAGGUUUGGUUUCAAAAUGCUCGAGCUAAAUUACGUCGUGGUUUACUUCAAGAACAAGAAAAUAAACAACAAAAAGCAUCAACAUCAAUUGAUAAUACAAAUUCAUCAACAAAUGAUUUUUUACAAUUAAUAAAUGAUGAUGAUAUAACAAGUGGAACAUCGAAUGAUCGUAGUAGAACAGAAGAUGAAGAAAUUAUUGAUGAACUAGAUGAUUAUGACAAUAAUCAAAAUAGUGAUUCAUCGUCAACUAUAAAUACACAUGAAUUUAAUCAUCUUAUGCCGCCUUAUUCAAUGUACCCACUUUUGUGA